AUGUUCAGAAUUAGCUCACAGAUGAAGCUCUGUAGGGAAACCAUUAAUGAGGAAGAUAUGCUGGAAAAGACUUUCAACACCUGUCAUGCCUCCAACGUGCUCCUGCAUCAGCAGUAUAGAGAGCAUUGCUUCACUGAAUACAACCAGUUGAUAUCUGUGCUCUUAGUAGCUAAACAAAACAAUGAGCUCCUCAUAAAGAAUCAUCAGUCCCGACCGACUGGAUCGGCACCAUUCCCAGAAGUGAAUGAUGCUUCCCUUGAAGGGAAUACCACAUCCUAUUGUGGCAAUAAUUACAAACAAGGACGUGGCUCCAAGCGAGGCCAAUCAAAUGGGAAAGGCAAGAACCAUGGUGUCCAAUUUCACAAACAGGUUCUAAGGCAUAAUUUAUGCCCGAGCUUUAAGAAUGCAAAUCGCCACAAAGGAAAAGCUUAUAUGAACAACGUUCUUAGAAACUCUGAAGGAGCUUUCUAUAGGUGUGGUGGCAAUGGGCACUGGGCGCGUACCUGUUGUACCCCAAAACAUUUGGUGGAUCUAUAUUAA